AUGAGCCAAGGUCAAUCGAGCUCGUGUGCGCAUACUGAAGAACCUCGCACGGAGCACGAGAAGACCGAAAGAGAGAAGAGAAGGGAAAUGAGAGUAAGCCAAUCUGAAUAGAAACAUGGAUUAAUCGCAUUUUCUGGCAGAAUGAGAAGAAACGAAAGCUCGGAGCUGAAGAAGAUGAAGAAAAGGACAAUAUCAAUCUAUCCAUCAAGACGGAAGAUGGAGCCGUGGCGGAGGAAGCGGAGAAGGUAAUCCCUGACUGCCUCAUCAACCCUGCAAACUUCCUGGAUCGGGUGGAAUCGCGGCGCAUCUGCGGAAUUGAAGACAAACUUGCGUUCCAAACGAUCGUAGUGGAUGACUUCACAAAAGAUGUCAUCAGAACGUAUAAGAAGAAGGGAAAAUGGUCGCAGGAAGAAGAUGCACGUGGCGAGAAUGCUCUGCUAGAGAGAUACCGAGAGCUGCUCGAAAACGCUCUAACGGACGAGAAACUGUAUUAUUACGUCAUAGGCAACGAGCUUCGGAAUGAGGAUAUCGCUGGAUUCCGUCACAAUCAAACCGUCGAGGAACUGUGUCAGCAAUCAUUCCUCAAACCGUACAGUGUGCUCGUGUCGCAGGUCAACAUGUGCGCUCAAUCGAAUCUUUCGUCGGACAAAGAUGUCAAGGCCUUCCUUUUGGCGCAAUUUUUCGCAACCGCAAAAGAAGCAGUCGAGAUUAUGACGUUCGCGGACAUCCAAAAAGCGAAGAAAGACAAAGAACAUUCUGUUCCAACGGUUGAAACGGCAAGGAGAAUGGGCCAGCGCGCUGCGAUGAUCGGUGACUAUCGUGAGAUCCUCGAUAUGAAAGGAAACGCUGCCAUAGUUGCAGCGUUCCAGCAACUGAAAUCCCAAAAGGUAGGAAAAAUAUUGAAUUUUUAAUAUUUCAUUCGAUAUUUGUACAGGCGGUCAACCCAAUGCUUAUCGACAAUGUGGCCGAGAAUCCAGAUCUCCCGGGGAACAUUCAUCUCGAGCCUUAUGCAAAGAUAAUUCUCAACGCACCGUUCGAUAGAGUGCAACACUGUCUUGUCAAGAUCUCAAAUACAAAUCAACGUUCAAUCAUGAUCAAAACCUGGAUGACCGUAGAAGGCCGUUAUGAACUUGAGCCCUCAUCUGGCGUCCUGAAGCCGAAUGAGAAGAUUCUGAUAAAAUUGACCUGCCUGCCUAUCGAUAUCAAUUCGGAAUGGAUGAACAAAGACAAGAUGGCCUUAAAGUGGACCUAUACGCUCAACGAAGAAACGGACAUCUUCAACGACGAGUUCUUCGCUCGAUAUGGAAAAGUCCGUCAAAUCACGCUUCCGAUAAUUUACAAUCUCUAA